UCUGACUCUUUAGGACUGUUAGAUUUGGAUAUACCUCCCAGUCCCUGUAGAUACUGUAGCGACAAUCUAAUUCUGAGUGAUAGCUUCAGCGGUUUAAACCACCUUAUGGCCAGCAAUCUGGAUGCGUUUCAAAAUUGGUUAUUCUUUGGGUUGUACAAGAAAGAAGCAACAUUAGCAGUUGAAGCUCAAGACACUAUGCCCUUUUCGAGUUAUAAAAUUGGCAGUGAA